CAGCGUAAGAGACAGUCAGUGAAUCAGCAAGACAAUUCUUUCCAUUGACCGACCCAGGAAACAUUCCCAUGAGCAUACUCCGCACCCAGACGGGAUUGAAUGAGUAUUUUCUGAAUUAUAACAAUAGCCAAUACUGACAUGGUGUCAGGCCCUAUGAGUCAGGCCUCACGCUAGCAUUUCCAUGUUAAUUCCCUUCUUACCCAUGAUUGGAUGGGUAAGACGACCCAUUCCUGGGUAAGAAGAGACAGACAGCUCUUUUCAAAUCCACUUUUUGUUGAAUGACUGUAGUACGAUCUUGGGCAAGUUAUUUAACCCUCUCUGUCUUACUUUCCUCACUUAUAAAGUGGCAUAUUUGAUGGGGUUGAUAGGAGCAUUAAAGUAAUUAACAUAUAUAAAGUGCUUAGAAAGUGGUACCUAGAAUGUGCAAGUUUAAUUGCAAUCUAAGCCAUUAUCAUUUAAUUAUAUAAUUAUAGUAAUAUUAUAUAAUAUAUAACAUUAUACAAUACUGAUACAGACUAUUCUUACUAUUAUUCAAAAUGUUAGCUCAGUAUCCUGAAGGAGCACAUACUCUAAUAGGCAACUGCAGUAUUACCUUAAAACACUUCCAGAAAAACAUUGCAACACCUGGCAGAGUUAAACCAUGAGGUAUGUGGCUUCCAGGGACUGUAAGCAUCCGAAACAAAAACGCUCAUUUUUGUGUACCACAGGAAGCUCUGGGUAGGUACAUCUUGUCUCUGGACAUCAAGUGACAAGCACAUCAGAAAACGUCCUUUCUCCAAUGGAAGCAAUUUGGAGUUUCUUGAAACUAGAACACUUUAGCAGUGUUCCUCUGUCCCCACUUAAACCAUAAGAACUCCUUUUCCUUGUAAGCCCACCAGUACUCCAUGUAAUGCCUGUAGAGAUUCAGUUCGUCGCUGUUUUGGCUUCUGCCAAGAGGCUUUCUGGAGAGAACACAGUCCAACAAAUUCUGUACCCUCACAUCUUCUUCAAGAGAGGCAGCAUUUAGUUGUUCGAGCCCUGGAAUGCUGUUCUAAAAGCUGACAAGGGCCGCUCCUAUGAACCCCUCUUGGGGACCCUUAGAUUUAGGGACGCGUCUCAGAGACAGGGCGUAAGUUCAGAACUCCAGGCCGUAGUGGCUAACUUGAUCAUUCAGCUACAUGGUUUUUACAGGAAUUCAAAGGAGGAAGUAAUUAUCACUGCCUGCGUGGGUUACCACAGGGGUUAGCCUGGAGGAAACUUCUGGAUGGAACCUUUCGGGAAGAGAAGCAAUGGGAGGGUAUUCCAGGCCCAGGGGAGAAUAGAGUAGACAUUAAAACUUUGAGGUUGCAUGACGUAUUUAGGGAACAGCAAACAGACCCACUGGGGCAAGAGGCAGGAGGUGAGGGCCACAAAGAUCUUGUGGUAGAGUUGUGCUCUCAAGUGGCUCUCAGAGGACAUGCAGGAGAGAAUUAGCAAAAGCAUUUAGAGCCAAAGGAUGUAGGCAUGGAUGGGGGGGGACAAGACUGUGUCCAAGAGAGCAGCAGACGCUGCUCUGUCUCACUACAUAACCUCGACUAACUGAGAGGCAGGAGGACAAUGGCAUCUGAUGAUCAAUAGUGUCCAGAAGUUGUCGGAGUGAGAUAGAAAUGUGGUCUAGGCUCUCUGCCUUCAGGGCGAAACUGGUAUUUUUUAAGACAUUGUUUAACUUUAAAUUUUUUGCCCUUUUGUCCAGAUAAAUAUAUAUUCCCCCCUCUGACAAAUAAAUGUAUGUCAAAAAUUACAGCUUUGGGGGCGAGGGAAAGACGAGGCAUGAGGCACAGCUCCUUUACAAGACCACCUGGGACGAGUCUCAAGGCCUGACGCCCUUUUGGUAACACAUUGGCUCUACCACUGCCCAGGAAGGCGGGCUGGGGCAGCAGGGAAGACAUGUCCAAGGCAAAUCUUGUAGCCACACUGCCGUGCACGUCCUGUUAUUCUUUUUUGUCACCAUGGGAAGGGAAUGGCAGCAAAAAGCAGCAUCCCUCUUAUACAUGGAGAAACAGAUUCUAGAGUGAGGAAGACCAUAGCACCCUUUGCCCUUAUGAGAAACCCAUAAUAGCGAAGUGUGUAAACAUGGGGACUGUGGACUGCCUGCCAGUGAUCCCCAACUCCACUACUUAUGAGCACUGUGAUAUUGAACAAGUUAAUUAACCUCUCUGUGCCCUAGGUAUUUUAUCCAUAACAUGGCAAUAAUAAUAAUUGGUCACUUUCUUAACUGUAAAAUCAGGAUAAUGAAUUAUGAGGAUUAAAUGAAUAUAAAGCACUAACCAGAAUGCCUGAUAAGUAGUAAGGACUCAGUAUAAUUUUUUCCAGAAAUAAUGUUCAAAUGUAGGGGUAAGAGAUUAAGAAAAACGGAGGGUAGACAUUGGUGAUUACUUCAAAUAACAAUGUGGAGUUAUUUUAAAGGCAGAGAUCCUUCAGAUGCUGUGAAUCGAGUCACCGAAAAGCAGAAAAGGCCACAGAAGCUUGACCAUUACCUUCCAGAGAGGAACAAUCAAUUUUUGAAAAUUUGGCUAAAAAAAUACCCUUGGCUUGUAUAUGAUGAGAUACUAAAUCUUAUGUUCUGUGACCUGUGUCGUAAGCAUGGAGUGAAGUCAAGGGGAAAUCAAGUGAGUUUUUUUUAUGGCACUGACAACUUUAGGACUGAAUUUCUCCAUGCACAUCAUCUCAGCGAGGCUCAUGCCAGGGCUUCAUUAAUGGAAGCAACAAGUGGUUCUCCAGUGAACAGAGCCACCACGGAGCUGAUGGUGAGGACUGUGAGCAAAGUAACCCUCGGGAGAGUAGAGAACUUAUUCAGAUCGUGUCACGCUAUCGCCAAGACUGGACGUCCCCUCAAAGAUUUUAUUUGGAUGUGCAAGUUGGAUGACAUGAAGGGUGUUGAUAUUGGCCCAGUAUUCAGAACUAACAAAUCAGCAAGAACAUUUACAUAUUUUAUUGCUGAAGUGGAACGGAAAAAUCUAAGAGAUAAACUAGUAAAAAGUAAGUUUUUCUCCAUCAUCAGUGAUGGAAUCACAAACAAUUCAGCCAAGGAAGCUGAACUUGUCUAUGUGCAGUUUGCACAUGCAGGAAGAGUGCAUUGCCAAGUUGUCGGGGUACAAACAGUGGAAAAGAGGGAUCCUCUGGCAAUAAAAAAUGCCAUUGAGAAAACUCUGGAGAGGAAUCUUCAACUUAGGCUGUCGAACCAAGACUGGACAAAGAAACUGGUUGGUUUUGGAAGUGGCGGUGCGCCUGGCUCAGAGAGAGAAAGCAAUGGGGUGGCCCUGAUUUUAAGAGAAAUCCAGCCAUGUGUGCUGACUGUGUAUUGCUUUGCACAUCAUCUUGAACUAUCUUACAAGGCAGUGUUCCAGAGCAUUCCCCUGUACAACAAUGUGAGAGACCUUCUUUACAGCCUUUAUCACUUCUAUCAUAAUUCUCCUCCUCAUAAAAUUUCUCUGAUAACUGCCUUCAAAGACCUUCGCCUCCGACCUGUGAUGCCUUCUCAGGUAGGAGGCAGGAGGUGGCUUCAGGGAUUACAGGCAGCCCUCCAGAACUUUCUCAAGGGAUAUCCUGCAAUUGUCCAGCAACUGAAUUCACCUAUGUUACAGGCAAAUGAACGCGGAAGUGACACCAGUCAUCAGAAAGCCAAAGAACUUCUAGAGUUACUUCUGCAAGCAGACAUCGUUAAAUUCAUUCAUUUCUUGGUGGAUGUCAUCAGUGUCCUUAGUAUUCUGUCCCGAGUCAAUCAGAACAGAAAUUCUUCAAUUGCUGAUAUAUUUGCCACCUUACAGUCCACACUAGAAAUACUCAGAAUGUAUCAAACAAGACCAGGGCCAAAAGAACGUAGGGUGGAUUCAGUCACACACUUUCAUGGUAAGUGCCUCAGAGGAAAGGGAAACAUUUCUGACGUGAGAAACACUGUUUUAACACAUCUUAUCAAGAGGCUGCGAGGCUGUUUCAGAGAUGCCGGCCAAGAUGUGGUGAAGGCAACCAUGAUUGGAAGCUUUAAGCUGUGGCCCACAAAGAUAAAUCAAGAAUUGGGAGAAAAAGAAGUAUCCAUCCUGAUUGCACAUUAUGAACCAGUAUUGGAAGCUGCCAAUGUGAAAAUUGAUGAAGUGGACACUGAAUGGAGCAUGUUGAAAUUAGAGAUUUAUGCUAGAUUUCAGAACAUCCGCGAAUUGACCUGGGAUGUUGUGAAUUCUGUUUACUUACCCAAGUAUCCAAAUAUCUUGACACUAGUGGACCUCGUGCUGACCCUCCCUGCAAGUUCAGCUGAGGCGGAACGCGGCUUUAGUCAGAUGAAACGCACCAAGUCACAGAUGCAUGCCAAGAUCAAGGCUGAUAGUAUGACAGAUCUGCUGAUAAUUCAGUUGAAUUCUCCGGACAUCAAUAACUUUGACCCUAGGAAAGCUAUCCAUUUAUGGAAUACGAGAACACCAUCUUCAACUGGUGACACAAGACCUAAUUCAGAUUGCUCAUCAAACCCAGAAAGCCAUUAUGAAAGUGAUUAGUAAUGUGACAAAUGUCAACUUUGUUAUUGAUCAUAUCAAAAAAAAGAUUAGUUUCAAAAACCUGAAAUUUAAAAGUACAACAGUCAUCAGUCUUCACAUCAAACACAAAAAGCAUUUGGCAUCUUCCAGACGUACAAACCGAAAAUCCAAAGAUUAGUUUUCUUGUAACUUUUUAAUUCUAUUUCUAUAUUCACACAUUCUUUGGGUGGAAGUGUAUAAUUCUAAGCAAUGGUGUUAUUUUGAUGUCAUCUUUCUGGGUGUUAUUGCUAAGGGUUGCCAGACUAUGAUCGUGGUCUGAGUUCCUUUAAGCCUGGCAUAAAAUUAUUUUUCCUGGAUAA